AUGGUGAUCAACAAAGACUGGACUGAUGCUGACGAGAGAAGCGUUGUGAGAAAGCUCGACUUUCUCCUCAUGCCAUUGCUUGUCCUGGGGUUCUUCGCGCUCCAGCUCGACCGCAGCAAUAUCUCCAAUGCCCUGACUUCGACAAUCACCACAGAUCUUGGCGUAACCCGCGCAGAGAUCAGCAGGGGCAACCAGCUGCAGCUCGCUGGCAUCAUCAUUGCGGAGAUCCCCGCCAACCUCCUGCUGCAAAAGAUUGGCAGUUCGCUAUGGCUAUCGGUCCAGUGCCUCAGCUGGGGACUCAUCGGCACCUUUCAGGCGUUCAUCACCAACAAGAGCUCAUACUACGCAACUCGCUUCCUCCUUGGCUUCUUUGAGGCCGGAUACAUUCCCGGCUCUAUGCUGCUAAUGAGCCUCUUCUAUACGCGCAAAGAGAUUGCCGUUCGCACCGCUGUGUUCUACUUCGGCAACUACUUCUCGGUUGGCACAGGAUCCCUCAUCGCUGCUGGCGUGCUGCAGCUGGAAGGCAUGCAUGGAUGGCCCGGCUGGAGAUGGCUGUUCCUGAUUGACGGCUCCAUGACCCUUAUCAUGUGCAUCGCUUUCGUUCUACUAUUGCCUGCGUCACCCUUGCAAACCCUUCCCUUGUGCCGGAUCAAGGCGCUCGACAGGUUUUCAGAUCGGGAGCGGCAGAUCAUGAACUCGCGCAUCCUGCUUGACGACCCUACAAAGCGCGAAUCAUUCCACAAGCUCGGCUUCAUGCCUAUCCUGAAGACUCUCGCCGACUAUCGCCUUUGGUGCCACUUUUCCAUCAAUCUGCUCGGUCUGGUGCCUAAAGGCGGCUUGCAGCUCUACUCCCCAUACAUCAUCAAAUCUCUGGGUUUCAGCACGACCAACGCCAAUGCCCUGUCCUCCAUUUCCAACUACGGGGUGUGCAUCCUGUCUUUUGCCGUAAGCUGGGCGUCUGACGCCACCGGGUGGCGUGGUCCAUGGGCCAUGUUGACCUGUGCGUUCCCAAUGGUUUUUGCCGGUGUCCAGUUCGCCCUUGCGCCUAUGAAUGUCAGCGCCUGGACUCGAUUUGCUAUUUUCACCCUUCUCAACUCGGCCAACGGCAUCGUGCAGACCAUGAACGACGCCUGGCUCAGCUCCAACGCAACAAGCCAUCGCCAGCGCAGCAUUGGGCUGGCCAUUGCCGUCAUUGGCAGCAAUCUUGGUGGCCUGGCUGGCCAGCAGCUAUUUCAGGAUAGCGAUGCACCGACCUACAAGAGUGCAUUCAUCGCCGUGCUUUGCCUCUAUGCGGCAAGCAUGACCAUGAUUGGUGUCCAGAUGGCAAUCUACUGGCGAUGGAAUAAAAGAGCCGCCGCGCGUGACGACGUAAGCGGUCAGGUUGACGGAACGGUUCCUGAUGCUGAGCAAGCUGUAGCUGUCACGAGUAGUUCUCAGGGUGGCCAAGGUACGAAUAUUCGUAGGAGAUACGAGCUGUGAUGCCGUGCAGUUCACGGAGAGGUACCAGCCG